AUGCGUGUAUUUGGAGCUAAUAGCAAAAAACUGAAAACUGGCACAGUCCGUUCUUUGCCCCCCGCGCGUGAGCGCCUAUGGAACGCGGGGGCCGAGGCGGCAUGGUUCCGGACCGGGGUCUGGCCUCGGCGACACCGAGGCCGCGGCAGGAGCCCAGGACAGGGGCCCAGGCGGGAGCUCCCGGCCCUGGUGCCUGCCGUCGGAGCCCGCCGCUUCCUGCUUUGUCUCUACCUGCUGGGAUUCCUGGAUUUGUUUGGUGUAAGCAUGGUCGUCCCUUUACUGAGCCUUCAUGUCAAGUCUCUUGGAGCAAGUCCAACAGUUGCUGGAAUAGUAGGCUCCUCCUAUGGCGUUUUGCAGUUCUUUUCCGGCACAUUGGUGUUGACCUCUGAGAAGACAUAGGCCUGAAGAGA